GUCAAAUCAAUGAGUAUUUGAGUGCGUGUGUCUGUUUGUGUGCCAUAUAACAAAAAAAGUUACCAAAUUCAAAGUCAAAUUUUCUAUUUUAUUGGUUUAUCAAUAUUUUGAAUCCAAAAAAAAAAACAAAACGUGCCAACAUAAAUUCCAUAACCAAAAAAAUAAAUCAUAAUGACUAAUGAUCAAUGUUCUUCAUCAUACUAUAUUAACACAACAUUCAUAUUGAAUGAAAAUGGUGUUCAAAAGCAAAAUAUUAUGCAAUAUGAAAAAAAUCAAAAACCAAUUGCAUUAUUGUGGAAAAAUCUUCGUUAUGAAAUAAAUGAAUGGUAUUUUGAUAAUAUUAAUAAUGGUGAUGAUGGUGGUGGUGUUAACAGUGGUGAAAUUAAUCGAUCAUGGAUUAGUUGGCCACGUUGUCGUCGUAAAAUAAUUCUUAGACGUUUGAAUGGUUCAUUACGGGAAAAUUCAUUGAACGCAUUACUUGGACCAAGUGGUGCGGGAAAAACUUCAUUGAUAAAAUGUUUAACCGGUAAUAUUUCCAGAUCAAAUAUGACAUCCGAUACGGAAAUCUAUCUGAAUCGUUCGAUACUUGAUCAACGUAUAAUAAAUAAACGUAUGACAUUAGUUGGAUCGGUACCACAAUCUGUACAUGAAAUUGUUUUCGGUCGUUUUACGGUAAAAGAAUUAUUUUAUUAUGCAUUUCGUUUUAAAAAUCCAUUUGGACAACGUGAUCAAGCUAAUAAACAUAUUCUUAAUGUAAUGAAUGAAUUAAUGCUUGAUUCAAGAAUACUUGAAACAAAAUUUGAACAAUGUUCCGGUGGUGAACAACGUCGUGUUGCCAUUGCACAAGAAUUAAUGUCCAUAGAAUCACCACCACCAUUUUUGUUUGUAGAUGAACCAACUACUGGUUUAGAUAGUGAAGCAGCAUUACUUGUUAUGCAAUGUUUGCAAAGAUUAUCAUUGAAUAAAUCAUUAACAAUAAUGGUCUCAAUACAUGCACCAAGUUCAGAAAUUCUAAUGUUAUUCGAUCAUCUUUAUAUAUUGGCUAAAGGUGGUAUCUGUGUCUAUUCGGGUCAGCCAGAUUUAAUGCGAUCAUAUUUAAGGCAAACAAUACAAUUAGAAAUUGAUGCCGAUCGUUCACCAAUUGAAGAAUAUCUUCGUAUUGCUUCGAAUGGUAUUAAUGCAAUACAAGUUCGUGAUUUAGCCAACAAUACUCUUGAACAAGAAAAUCAUCAAAUGACAAUGGAUGAUUCGUUCGAAUAUCUCGUACAAGUACCAAAUGGAAUGCCUAAACAAACAAAAUCAUUCAAUUUUGAUGAUCUUUUUAUUCAAAUGUAUCGCAUUUUAAGAUUUAUAUUCGUUGUUGAUGUGCAAAAAUUAUUAUGCAUUAUAUUGGUAAAUGCACUUUUUAUCGGUUUAAUUGGUUUGACUUGUAAUAGUGAUAUGGUUCGACCAAGUGGUUGUCGCCUAUAUGAUCAUGAUCGUUAUAAUCGAACAUGUCAAGAUGAACUUGAAGAUGGUGCACUAAUCGGUACCUAUGUUUUUUAUCAAGAGCUUACAUUUAUACUACUUUCUUGUUCGGCUAUGGGUUUUAGCUCUGUUUAUCUUGUUGAAUUGCUAAAAGUUUUUAUCAAUGAACAUCGAAAUGGCUGGUAUAGUUUAUCAACAUUUUUCUUCGCAUUUCAAUUUGGUCAAUUAGCUCAGAUGAGUGUAUCAAUUGUCAAUUUAACUAUGGUGGCAUAUUUUACUGGUGGAUAUUUCAGCAUCGAUAACUAUCAAUUUAAUUGGAAUCGUAUCGGACAUUUUAUUUUCUAUUACUGGUUACUUAUGGUUUAUCUACAAUCACAUGGCCAAUUUGGUGCAAUUAUAUUCAUGGACAAUAUACAAAUUAUGACCAUUUGUUUGCAACUAGUAUACUCUAUUCUGAUGAUGUUGAAUGGCAUUUCAAUUACAUUGGAAAUUAUGGAUAAUUCAUGGCUAAUAAUCAUAUCACAUUUGUUAGGAAUUCGUUAUAUUGCUGAUGGUUUAUUGUUUUCAUUUUAUGGUAUUGAUCGUUGUGACACGGAAAAUGAAUAUUCACACAUAUUACAUGAUUCAAAUAUCAAUCCUAAUAACAUCUAUACAAAUAUUCUAUCACCAUUAUUGAAUAUCGGUGCUUUACGUGUGGCUACAUUUAUUUUAAUGUAUUUUCGAUUUACAUUCAUGUAUAAAAGUAUUGGACAAAAAUUUGAACAACAAAAACGUUCUGCUAAUAUGAUUACUAUCGAUUAUGAUCAUGUUGAUGAUAAUCAAAAUGAAAAAGAACUGAUUCCUGAACGAUUUCAUAAAAAUAUAAAAUAUGACCAUAAUCGUCAACAAAAAUUCUUAGUUAGUCGUCACAUUAUUGGAUGGCGAUCACUUUAUGUAUUUGCUAAAGAGUCAAUCUAUGAAAGUCGACCUGCACCAAAACAAACAUCGGAUCCAUCAGAACGAUUAAUUUUAAGGAAUCUUAAUGGCCAAUUACGAUUUGGUACGAUAAAUGCAUUGAUGGGUACAUCUGGUUCGGGUAAAACAACAUUACUUAAGGUAUUGAAUGGUCGUAAGAAAACACGAUUAGCAGAUUGUAGCGAAUUUUAUUUGAGUAAAUAUAUUCCCAUUCGUACUUGCUAUAUUUCGCAAGAAGUAUCUGGACAUUUACUGCCUGGCCUUACAGCUCUACAAAGUUUAAUCUAUGCUUCAAAACUAAAAAAUUGCCAUGUUGAACAUGAUGGAAAAACAUUUGUUGAUCAUGAAAAAUUGGCUAAUAAUAUACUAGAUGAGCUUGAUUUAACCGAUGCGGCCAAUACAAUGGUGCAAUAUUGUUCCGGUGGUCAACGCAAACGUUUAGCACUUGCCCUUGAAUUAACAUCAGUACAUAUGCCAAAUUUGAUCUGUAUCGAUGAGCCUACAAGUGGAUUAGAUUCAAAUUCGGCUCGACUUGUUGUUCAAAUUUUAGAUCGAUUGGUUGAUCGUCAUCCGGAUAUUUGUAUUGUGGCCAGUAUUCAUCAACCCAAUACCGAAUUAUUAAUGAUGUUCAAUCAUUGUUAUGUACUAGCACGUGAUGGCAUUUGUAUUUAUUCGGGAAAACCAGCAGGAAUCAAAGAAUAUCUUGAUCAAAUAUCCGUAUUGGAGAGUGAUAGAGAUCGGUUUCCCAUUGAACAAUUGAUAAAAUAUUCAUGUAGUGGUGGCGAUAAUCGUAUUGUACGUCAAAUGGCCGAAACUAGUGAAAAAUUAAUUCGUCAAACAGACAAUUCCCUUCAAACGGAUACUAUUACCAUACCUGAUGGUGUUGAAUUUAAUCGUAUUCGAUUUUCAUUACAUUCAUUAUGGAUUUUAUCUCAACGUUAUCUAGUUUUUAUGAUCAAAUAUCAAUGGAAAGAAUGGUUAGCAUUUCUAUUCAUUUAUAUGGCAUUCGGUAUAGCAUUAGUCAUUUUUUUCAAUCAAAACAUUGCACAACCAAGCGGUUGUUUAAAUCCUGAAGAUGAUUUUCUUGCAUUUUGUUCGGGAAAUAAAUCAGCCGAUCGAACUAUCGAAGAGAAACAAGUUGUUAAUUCAAUUUAUUUUAUGACACAAUCAUCUUUUUUAUUUACAUUAUUUUUAUCCGUUCAAAUAAUGUUUUCAUUCAUCAAUGAAUUAGAAUAUUUUUUAAAUGAACAUCGUAAUGGAUGGUAUAGUUGUGGUGUAUUCUAUUUACAGAAAUUUCUUUUCGAAACCAUACCAUUAAUUCCAAUCAUAAUGAUAUAUGUCUAUAUUAUCGAUAUAUUUUCAAUCGUUUCGGCCAAUAAUUAUUAUCUAUGGCAUGUUAUAAUUCUAUUUUUGGCAUCAAUAAGUUUUCAAGCUAUUAGCCAUUUUGUUGCAUUAAUUACUAAUGGUCAUUUUGUAUUGAUGAUUGUUUGUCUUUCAUCAUUUUCAGCAGCAUUUAUGGUUUUUUCAAAUGCCUUCAAUCCUAUUGCACAACUUAAUUAUGGAUUACGAUUUUUAUCAAAUUUUUCCGUAUUUCGUUUUGUCAAUCAAGCUGAUUUUUGGCUUGUAUAUGGUGGUCAACGUUGUCAUGAACAUGAAAUUCAAUCCAUUCUUUAUCAGCUAAUGAUACCGAAUACUGUGGAUCAUUUUUUUCAUUGUAUAUUGAUGUUGGCCGUAUUAGCUUUAUUUUAUCAUUGUUUAGCUUUUUGGAUGUUAUUUAUCAAAUCAAAUCCAAUGAAUAGCCGACGUAGUCGUGUAAAACGUAUUGAACGUUUUUAUCAACAAAGAUUAAUGCAUAGAAUACCAUCGGCAACAACUUCAUCAGCCACACAAUCACCAUCAAUAUCAUCAACAUCGGAUAAUUUUAUAACGAUUCGAUUAUAAAAUAUACAUUUAUUUUUGACAAAAAAAAUAAUCAAAUUGUACAUUACUAGUCAUUUUUUUUGUUGUUGUUCAUAUCAAAUUG